UCGAGUUAUAGUGCUUUAACCGACUUUGAGGAUUAUCUUUGGGCCCUUGGAGGCCCCCAAUUCCGCAAUCGAACCUACAAAACCCAUUGCCCGCCGAUCAACCCCGAUCCUGACAUGAUGAACUUCUCCGCGUUCGGCGGCCCCUUCUCCGGCAUCCAUCAGUUUGCCGCUAAAUUCGACGCCCAGACGCCCGGCGCCUUCGGCACGCCCCCCGCGGCCGCCGCGAAUGCAGCAGCCGCAGCGGCAGCGGCCGGCACCGAUAACCAUGUGCAGCGCUAUCAGACCAAUGGCAAUCACUUUAAUCAGAAUGUGCCCAACGUUUCGGCUGCCAACAACAUGCAAUAUGGCCAGAAUAUCUCCAUACCGUACUCACAGCCGCAGGGCGAUCUGAACUUUCUCAAUGCAGCCGCUGCGGCCGAUCAUAAGGGUAAAAUCCAUCCAAAAAUCGAACGUGACCGGGAAGAAGUCCUCAACCAGCAGAUCCUGCAGAAUGUUAACCAAUCCUGGCAGACGCUGGCCAACACGGCCAACACGGUGGACUACUCGUCGCACCUGCUCUCCGCCACACUGCCCAUCUCCAUACAGCACUUCCUCAAGUACUCGGAGACCAUCAAGAAGGAGUCCACCGGCGAUGUCCUGAAGAACGGCACCAACCUGGCCAGCCUGGCGCUGGGGGGCGUGGCCCUGACGCCCAGCAACAAUGGGGCGAACGGAGGCCAUCACAACGGACUGGUGGGCAUGGACCAUGGCGGUCACAUGACCAACAUGACGGACGCCAACGGAGCGGCGCUGACGAAUGGCGGCACUAGCAAUGGGGUGAAUGGCAAUGCCAACGGAACGGUGACCAAUGGUGGCGCCGGCGCCGUCUCCAGCACCGGAUCCGUGGGCACCACGAACGCCAGCGGCGGCACGGGCACGGCCACCGGCAAGAAGACCAAAAAGAAGAAACCACCAAAGGAGAAGAAGCCGCGCCCCAAGCCGGGCGAGAUCCGCGAGACGAAGGCGCUGGACGGCUCGACGCUCUACUGCUGCCCGGAGUGCCAGAUGGCCUACCCGGACCGCAGCCUCAUCGAGCAGCACGUCAUCUCGCACGCCGUGGAGCGGCGCUUCGUCUGCGACAUCUGCAAUGCGGCGCUGAAGCGCAAGGACCACCUGACCAGGCACAAGCUCUCCCACAUACCGGACAGGCCGCAUGUGUGCAAUAUCUGCAUGAAGUCCUUCAAGCGCAAGGAGCAGCUCACUCUGCACAUUGUCAUCCAUUCCGGCGAGAAGAAGCAUGUAUGCAUUGAGUGUGGAAAAGGUUUCUAUCGCAAGGAUCACUUGCGCAAGCACACGCGGUCGCACAUCGCCCGGCGGGUCAAGUCGGAGGUGUCGGCGCAGAACGUGAACGGAUCCUCCGGCGGAGGAGGUGGAGGAGGCGGCGGAGGCGGCAACAGUGCGCAGAGCAACGCGCUGCACGGCUCCUGAGGAUCGUACAAGGACUUCUGGUAAACUCCCAGACGAAUUUCAAGCCAUAAAGGGCGGCCGGGCUGCUUUCACCGGUGGUUAGGGGGAUCCACAUACCAUAUAGGGAUUCAUCUGACCAUUAUUGGAAGCAGUCGAUUUGGCUGCCUUUGAAAUUCGCUGGGGGCUUACCGGGGGUCCUGCUGAGCGUCACCCAACUCCAAUUACAAUAACCCUCAAAUAAACACGAGUUAUACUUACUGGAUGCAAGUAUUAGUACGAUUUUGUUCACGACACUUUCAGUUCUUUAGCUUUAGUUCUUUCAGUUGAGAUUUUCGCACAAAAAAAAUGAAAAAGAAAAAACGGUCGAGCAAAGUAUAGCAAUCGAAAUGUACAAAUCAGCAGAAUGACAGAUUUAAAUUCGAGUUUAGUAUGCGCAUAUGUUAAGGGAAGAAGAUAACGCCGCUUUAGUGUCGCUUUCGUUUCUUUUUUGGGGAUCUGUGAUCUGUAGUCGCUGCAUAAACGAUGAUAAAAAGAAGAUGAGACGAUCGAAAGCUGUUCUAAGAAUAAGUUAAUAUGUCUGCAACCGAUUUACUAUAUAUGUAUGUGCAAUUUAUAAUCCUUUUGAUUUGCCUUUUUGUUCGUUUGUUCAUUAUUUUCCCACAGACCACAUGGGGAUUUACACAAGAUUCUUAUUGAAUUGUGCACAUUUUUAAGGAAGUAAGAAGCUCUACAAGCGAAAUUUGUACUUCUAGUCUUGUAUUUUAUUUUACCGAUAGGCAUAUAGAGGGAAACCCGAAUCGAGGUCAUGUAAUCUUAAGCUUUUAAACUUGAAUGUUCAAAGGAAAACCUUCGACGCAGAGUCACGACACUCACACCAAACACUAGACAGAAAGCCGCAAUACGAACCUGCAUCUUGGCAAGCCGAAAUGCCCGAAAUGCCGAAAUGCCCAACUUCCAGCCAUCGUCAUUGCUUGCAACUGCAAUAUGCAACACUACACCUAUAUCCAGCUUACCAAUACUGAUUACCGAUAACACUGAUAACCACAAAUAGCGUUAAGAGCCACUUAUACAGCAGCAAUAGCCAUAGGAUCGCAGAAAGCACGGGUCAAAAACAAUCUUAAAGAACCGCUAAACAUUAACAAUUGCAGAUGCAACAGCAAAACAGCAACAAUAACCGAAAACACAACUGUAUAAAAGGAUAUUUUUAUAUAUAUAAAUACAAAAAGAGAGAGCAUAUGAAAACCGAAUAGGAAUAAAGGCAUAAAACAAUAACCGAAAUAAAGUGCAAACACUUCGAGCAAGUGACAACGUAAUUUACUGUUCAAAUACAAAGCAUUUUGAGAUUAACGAUAAACGAUUAACGAUAAAGUAAAGUAAACGAUUAAACCGAUUCAAGAGCAUACAUAGCAAUGCAGCAUAUUGCAACCCUGUAACUUGUAUAGUUAUACGAAGCUUCAAACUAAAUACGCUAGCCUACAGAUACACCAUAUAUAGAUACAGAUACUGAUACACUUUCCUUGUUUGUUUCGAUCACUCGCAACUCGCAAAUGGCCCACUGGGCUCAAACUUAAGACCCGAAUCGAAUGGGGGGAUAUGGAUAUUGUUUCACAUUCCAAGUUAAGGCACAUUUUAGAGCGAUAAAUCCAGUUAAUCUCUGGACAAAUCGUUGUUUCUCGAAAAGUUUGAGCCAGAGCGACAUUUCCAAGCAUUUUUCACGUUCUUAACUUUCUUUCCGGCACAUCUCUCACAAAAAAGGUACUUAAUCAGUAUGAUAAUCUCUCGGCUUGUGCCGAAAACUUGUGUAUUACAGUAUGUUACAGUGCGGAACGUAAUUGAAACACUUGCAGUGAAGUACAAAUAUUUUAACUACACACCCACGACACAACAGCAGAUUACAAAACAUAGACAAGUAAACCGCAGAGAGGUAUUAGCCAAAAGUUAAUGGGAAAAGAAACAAAACUAAGCAAAUCUAAAUACAGUUACUACGCUAGAGGGUAG